CGAAGCGGAAGCGGAAGUUGUCCUCGCUGUUGCGCUAACACGUUAAACAUCUCGUGUCUGCGUUACAUUUUCAGCUUCAGACGCAACGAUGGACGAAGUGAAGAAAGCGCAGGAGUUCGACUCGUACGAGAUCGAGGAGCCCAGUGACGAGGAGGGCGCCGCCAGCAGUUCCGAGGACGAGCUGGAGGUGCUGCUGAACGGGACUCCGGCCCAGAAGAAGAAGCUGAUCAGAGAGUACCUGACGGGGGAGAGCGAGUCGUCCAGCGGGGACGAGUUCGAGAAGGAGAUGGAGGCGGAGCUCAGCUCCACCAUCAGGACCUUGGAGGGGACCUGGGGUCCGUCAGCAGAAGCACAAGCCCUGGAGAACGGGGGAGGAGCCGGAGCUGGACUCCCUAAUCCUCAGGUGUACGAUAAUGUCUACUUCGACUCUGACUCCGAAGGAGAAGAGGACAAACCAAGCGGCUCCACAGGCCAGAGGCGGAGACAGCGGGUCAUACUGACCAAUGACGAGCUGCUGUAUGACCCCGACAAGGACGACAGAGACCAGGCCUGGGUGGACGCCAGGAGGAGAGGAUACAACAGCAGGAAACGACCAGCCGGCUCGAAGCAGUCCCGCCAGGCGCAGAGUUUACCCACGAGUGACGCCAUCCUCAACUGUCCCGCCUGCAUGACCAUGCUCUGCCUGGACUGUCAGAGGCAUGAAAACUACCGGACGCAGUAUCGAGCCAUGUUCGUGAUGAACUGCACGGUGAAGAGGGACGAGGUGCUGCGGUACAACACCGAGCAGGAGAGGAAGCAGAGAGGCAGGAAGAGGAGGCGGGGCCAGAAGACAGAAACAGCUGCAGGCGCGGCUCCUGACCCGGCGCCGGCUGGGAUGGCGGCCGAUGAAGUCUACCGCCCGGUGCAGUGCUCCGAGUGCUCCACCGAGGUGGCCGUGUUCGACAAGGAGGAGGUGUACCACUUCUUCAACAUCCUGGCCAGCCACUGCUGAGAGGGACUGAUGGAGGUUUCCUCUCUCUCUCUUCAUCAGCGUCCCGACGGAGAGAGAGAGAGAGAGAGAUUCCUGCUGCGAAUCUCUACAAGUCUGACGAUGAUGAAUCCGCUCAGAAACUUUCAGGGUCGAUUCCCCGUCUGAGGGAAACUUCAGAAGAACGUCGUCUAUCUUUGAAACCUUUUAAACUUCUGAGGAACCCAGACGCUGAGAUCUGCUCGCUGCAGCUGUUGUUUCCCACUCGAGACAAAGUGAUUCAUGAUUCUUUGAGGCCAAAACUCUUAUGGAUAUUUCAGGAUUUACAAAUAUUUGAGAGCUAUAGAUCUUUUUUUUUUGGUUGAUACAGUAUUUUUUUUAAAUUGUGUGUCAAGUGGGACUUCUACGUUAGAACAAAUAAACUGGAGACAUUUUCCCUAUCAACAUAUCUGUGACACUUCACUCAUAUUUAUUAUGAUUUGUCUGUUGAUAUACAAACAAUAAUUGUAGCUGUGAUAAUCUAACAUUGGCCAUUUUUGGAAACACAGUUAAUAAACAGUGGAGUUCUGCCUCUGUCAGAAACUUUCAGACCACAGGAGAGACAGAGGAACUCCCUGCUUGAAUGAC